AUGUCUGAAGGGGUUUGUCAUGAAAGCUUCUUAUGGGAAAGCCAGGCUUUCUCGAAUUGGGAUAACUUGGGUGGUAGUGAGGAAAAAUCCAGCAAAAAGUUGCCGGAUUUGAGUACUUCUAAUAGCCAGACACCGCCAGGGACUAAUGAACCGGUUGCAGUGUCUGGUAAGAAGAGGAGUGGGAAGGGAAGAAGUGAGAUGAAUGAAGGGAAAAGUGUUGGUGGCGGCGGCGGUGGUGACUCUGAUCAUGAGAUACAUAUAUGGACAGAGAGAGAAAGGAGGAAGAAGAUGAGGACCAUGUUUUCUAAUCUUCAUGAUUUGCUUCCUCAACUUCCUCCAAAGGCUGACAAGUCCACCAUUGUUGAUGAAGCUGUGAACUACAUAAAAAUCCUACAACACAGACUGCAGAAGCUUCAAAAACAGAAGCUAGAAAGGCUCCAAGGUGUAACAAGCCUCAACUAUGAUCCCUCUAUAAUCACCCCACAAAAGAUAGCCACGGACUCGAGGGAAGCAUUCUUGGCUGAUCAAGGAUCUUCAAGUAACUUGUUCAUCACUGCAAGAAACUCAUCCAACUCACGUUUGAUCCCUCGAUUUCCAACCAUUUUUCAGACAUGGACUUCUCCCAAUGUCAUCUUGAAUGUCUGUGGUGAAGAUGCACACAUUAGUGUGUGUUCUCCAAAGAAGCCUGGGCUCUUGAGCACCAUCUGCUAUGUGUUGGACAAGCACAAGCUAGAGGUGGUAUCAGCUCAUGUUUCAUCAGAUCAGACUAGGAGUAUGUUCAUGAUUCAAGCUCAUGCAAGUGAAGCUCCUGACCAAAUCCCUGAAGCAUUUCCAGUGGAAGAAAUAUUCAAGCAAGCUGCAGGAGAGAUAAUGCUAUGGGCUAAUUCCUGA